CUGUGGUUAUAAAGUUGGGGGCGGAGAAGCCGACAGUGGCUGGGAAAUGAUGGCUGAUGAAGAAGAGGAAGGCAAGCGGAUCUUGCAGAAAUUGCAGGAACUGGUGGAUCAGCUCUAUUCAUUUCGAGACUGCUAUUUUGAGACACAUAAUGUUGAAGAUGCUGGACGGAAACAGCAGGAUGUUCAAGAGGAGAUGGAAAAGACCCUGCAGCAGAUGGAGGAAGUAAUGGGUUCUGUUCAGGGCAAGGCACAGGCUCUAAUGCUAACUGGGAAGGCACUGAAUGUAACUCCUGACUAUAACCCUAAGGCCGAAGAGCUUCUGUCAAAAGCUGUGAAGCUGGAGCCCGAGCUGGUGGAAGCCUGGAACCAGCUGGGUGAGGUGUACUGGAAGAAAGGGGAUAUUACAACUGCUCAUACAUGCUUCUCAGGAGCCCUCAAUCAUUGCAAGAACAAAGUUUCCUUGCAAAACCUGUCAAUGGUGCUUCGCCAGUUGCGGACUGACACUGGAGAUGAACAUUCUCGCCAUGUCAUGGACAGCGUCCGACAGGCUAAGUUGGCUGUGCAGAUGGAUGUUCUUGAUGGCCGCUCUUGGUAUAUUCUGGGGAAUGCAUACCUUUCUCUUUUCUUCAAUACUGGUCAGAGCCCUAAGAUCUCCCAACAAGCCCUCAGUGCCUAUGCCCAAGCAGAGAAGGUUGACAGGAAAGCUUCCAGCAAUCCUGACCUUCAUCUGAACAGGGCAACGUUACAUAAAUAUGAAGAAAGUUAUGGGGAGGCCCUGGAGGGCUUCUCUCGGGCUGCAGCACUGGAUCCUGCCUGGCCAGAGCCCCGGCAACGAGAGCAACAACUCCUGGAAUUCCUGGAUAGAUUAACCAGUCUUCUUGAGAGCAAAGGAAAGGUGAAGACCAAAAAGCUUCAGAGCAUGCUGGGAAGCUUGCGCCCAGCUCAUCUAGGGCCUUGUGGUGAUGGGCGCUAUCAGUCAGCUUCGGGGCAGAAGGUGACUCUGGAGCUCAGGCCACUGAGUGCUCUGCAGCCUGGUGUGAACAGUGGUGCUGUGGUCCUGGGAAAGGUGGUGUUUAGCCUUACCACAGAGGAAAAAGUUCCCUUUACCUUUGGGCUGGUAGAUUCAGAUGGACCCUGCUAUGCAGUGAUGGUGUAUAAUAUGGUACAGAGCUGGGGAGUGCUCAUUGGGGACUCUGUAGCCAUCCCUGAGCCCAACCUUCGGCUUCACCAAAUUAAGCACAAGGGAAAGGACUAUUCAUUUUCCAGUGUUCGUGUGGAGACGCCGCUCCUGCUAGUGGUGAAUGGGAAGCCUCAAGGCUCCAGCAGCCAGGCUGCCGCCACCGUGGCAUCGCGGCCACAGUGUGAAUGACCUUCCCUGCCUUGCAUGCUAAAGAGGGAGUAGAGGCAAGGAGAUAAGCUCAGGGCGCUUGGCAGCUGGACCAGCCACACAUCCAGUGACUCAACUGAGAUGGAGGAGUGGUGUUUUAAAUGAAGAGUUCCCCUUUCCCUGCCCUGUAAGACAAUUUGUGUCUCUCUUCUCUCACCCAUCGACUCGUUCCAGCUCUGUCCAAGGCCAUACACUCCCAUUGUAUAUCUCUCCUACCUCUUUCACUGCUCUCUGUGUUUUAAGCAAAGAGCAUGGAAUUGGUAGACGUAUCAGGAUCUUGCCUUGGGACAGAGUCCCCAAGGUUCCUGUACUUGCCUCCUUCCUGAGCCUCAGAUGUAUAUAUCAGUUCAAUAUUUAUUGUAAGGGAGGGGGCUUAAUUUUUUAAUGGCUUGUUUUUUGAGCAAUUUUUAUUUUUAAAAUUUAGGUUCUUCCCCUUCUUUGGGGCUGGAAUGGAAUUAAAUUUGUUUGGAAAAAAAAAAA